UCGUCUUAGUUGUCGCUAGACUGUGGCCGCGUCAGGGCGUGCAUCUCCCACCACACGGGGCAUCAAGUUAGCGCUGUAUUGAAUCCAUUCCUAGCUCAGGAUAUACUGUGGGCAGCCUGCCACCUGGUGCUGCUGAGGGCUGAGGCUGUGCUGCCAAUACUAUUCACGCCACAGGGCGGGGCGCCAUCAAGGCAUGCCGGGCCGCGCCGCACCAGCCUGACCCGCCGCACCCGCCACAGCCACCCCGCCGCCCCGCCAGCUGGUGAACGUCGGCGUGAAAGGACGCAGCUGUCGCUCACACACACACACACACACACACACACACACACACACACACACACACACACACAUCUGCUUGCUUCCCCACCGCUACAAAGGAAACCCUCCCACAGUUGUGGCAAGACUGAACAUUUCCGUGAAGUGCAGCAUCUUGACAGCGGGGCGGCGUGCUGCAUAAUGUGAUUCUCAACAGCAGGAGCGAGUGAAGCGGUGUGCGGCGCGGUCAAGACGCCCAUGAGCCAAGUACCGCCGCCUGCCUCCCCUCCCACGCGCCUAUAGUCGCCCUGCGUCAUGGCGGCCAAGUUCCCCUACAGCGCCUCCCUCGUGGGCCGGGUGGUACUGGUCCUCCUAGUGGCCCCUGGGCUGAGGGUGGGCGCCGCUCUCGUGGACUGGCCUGAGGGCGCGGCACAGGGACAAAUACGCCCGAUCCCUCCCUUCUCUCCCUCCCUCGAGUUAGCGCGCUCCAUGGGCUCCUCCCCUGUCACGCCCCAGGGUAGGGACACCCCUUCCCUGGAUAACCCGCGGGCGGCCUCCACCAAGACGAGCACCACGCCAAUGGAUGACCCCCUGGAGGAGGCAGCGGCGGCCUCGGGAGAUUCAGAGAACCAGGACGUGUACGAGCGCGGCGCCGUGUACGACAGGAAUCAGGACCUGGUGGAGGAGCACGUGGACGAGGCGCCCCUCAGUGACCUGCCCUUGGGGGAGGAGGAGGAGCAGGAGGUGUGUCCCCCACGCCUCCCUCAGGACUACAUCACCUGGCGGCGAAACAACAGGGUGGUCAGAGUCGCUCUUCCCCACCAGAAGAAAAACACACCUCAUGCAUCAUCCAACACCCCUUCCAAGCAACACGUGUUCAACUCGUGCACUCCGCCUCUGAGGUGCAGCGUGACCACCACAGUGCACAGACGCGUCUUCCUGCAGGACGGAGACACGCUUGAGGUAGUCCUGCAAACACCCCCUGACUACACCCCACCAGCUUUCCCCCAACCCUCCCCCACCACCACCACAACAGCCACUACCACCACCACCACCACCACCGCAGCCCCAACCACCACUAUUGACACGACCCCUACCACCACUACCACCACCACCACCACCUCCCAGACUACUGCUUCUACGACUACCACAACGACUAUGUCCUCCACGUCUGCCACCACCACGACCACCACACACCAGGAGAGCACCACCAAGCCACCGCUCAUGUCCACCCUGUCCACUCAACGCCCCAGCCUCACGCCGCCUCCGCCCAGCCGACACCCAACACGCCGCCCGCACACUCCACUCCCCCACCACCCCAUCUCCAACCACACCCACAUCUUCAGCCGUGUCGACCACCCCGCCCAUCCCUCCAUGCCCAGCAGGAGGAAGCGGCAAACUGGUAUUCGCUUCCCGUCCAAACCUUUGCCAACUGCAGAGGAAGACGAGGAGGUAGAAGUGAGGCACAUCACACAGAGGGGCCAGAGUGGUGUGUCCAGCCUCCAGCAGCCUAACGGGACGGCUAACCAGACCGCCAUGUCACCCCUCACCCUCUGGAAGGCCACCGUGUCGGAGUGGGCGUCGUGCAGCACCAGAGAAGGCUCGCAGGUCGGGGAGAGCGGCCCUGAGGGAGUCAUCACAGUCACCCCGCGGCUCCUGCAGGUCGGAAGCAACUAUUUCAUCGGUCGUUCCUCGUGGUCAUCAACGGAGUGCUUCAAGCUGCAGGUGACGGUGAGGUCUGCAGAGUGCGGGGAAGGCUCACUCUGCUCCGGCAAGGGCGCCUGCUACACCAAGAGGGACAUGGAGCAUUUCGAGUGCCAGUGUUGUGACGGGUACAUCGGCAGCCACUGUGAGGAGAUGGACGCGUGCAGCGGCGGCCCUUGCCUCAACGCCGGCAUCUGCGUGGACAUCCAGGAGGGACAUGAUGGGGACACCUUCCAGUGCCUGUGUCCUUAUGGUUUCCGAGGGCGAUUCUGUGAGGAGCGAACCAAUUUGUGUGAGUCUGGGCCGUGCAGGAAUGGAGCCACGUGCACAGGGAACCACUCCAGCUACACGUGCCACUGUUCCUCAGGAUGGACGGGAACACAGUGUACGGAAAGAAGCAUGCCAGCCGUGGACUCUUCGGGAAAGGCCAUAGGGUGCGCGGCGGGACCCUGUGAGCAUGGUGUGUGUGUGGAAACGACGGCGCAAAACUUCAGGUGUUUCUGCCAGCCAGGCUUCGGUGGGGUGCGGUGUGAGUUUGAGUACAAUGAGUGUGAUUCAAACCCUUGCGUCAACGGCGGAACCUGUGUUGACAACAUUGGAGCCUACGAGUGUCUGUGCGGGCGAGGCUACACAGGGAAGCGCUGCGAGAUCAAGUUUGACCUGUGCUCGGACAACCCCUGCCCCGCCAACCUGGUCUGCGUGGACAAGGGCAACAGCUACUCCUGCGAGUGUCUGAGGGGCUUCACUGAGGACAACUGCGGCCCACACCCUCAGCUGUGCACCCCGAACCCCUGUGACAACGGCGGCACCUGCUGGAACCUGCCCGACGCCAACGUGUUCUACUGUGCCUGUCGAGCUGGGUUCACCGGCACCACGUGUCAAGGUAUCCUGCAGGAGGCGCACGACGAGGCAGUGCCGGAGACCGUGGGCGUAGUGGGCACCAUGGAGACGGCGCCCUUGGACGUGCACCUGGCCAUGGACAUGCCCUUUGACCACAUGAAGAACAUCUACGUGGCCAUAGCGACCCUGGCAGCCGCCCUCUUGAUAUUCAUCGUGGUGGUCGGCGUGUGUCACUGCAGAGUCAACAGGACCUACAAGAAGUUUUUGGUGAAGUUGCCGCGGCCCCACAAGGUGAUGCCUACAGUGAAGAGGCCGAGGCCCACCUCCCUCUUUGAGAAGCCGAGGUUCGUGAGGAACUGGCGAGGUGACCGGGCGGGCUCCCUGAGACUGGAGGCGGAGAACGACGGCGCCUCCAUGCCCAUGACGGCGUCCAACUCAAGCUCCGACGCCGUGUACUACAACAUGGACGUGUGCGACAACCAGGAGCUGCCUCUCAUCAAGUAGUCGCCCCGCCAGCCCAGCCCAGCAUCUCUACUCCUUCCUUUGCCUCCUCUCCCUCCUCCAUCGCGUUGAAACACUCCAGGCUUCUAGUAUAGGCAGUUUCAUCUCAAAUCCGACGAUUGUAGUGAUUUUAUUUCCAUUUUAAUCCGUAAUUUCGUGUGAAUAAACUGAUGGUUAGAAAGGUGUAAGGUCUCCGGCUGUACAUCUUUGGAAUGUUUACUGGACGGUGUGGACGCGCCAGGCGUGUCCCUGCGCGGUGGCGUGCUGUGUUCACUCAAGCCACCAUGAGAUGAUUAGGAACUUGUAGUCGUUGUGUUGUGCAUCGCAGACUGAGAAGGCUGAUGUGUACACUCGACCAAUACAUGAAGGGGUUACAGUACAAUAAUUAGCUUACAUUGUCUCACGUUCAUUCAUUUUCAAGCAUAAUGUUGAUAUUCCGCAUGGUUUACUUUAAGUACGUCCCCACCACGGCACCAGAAUCAGGAAACUUGCAUUCAUUGACUGAGACAACAUCCCUGUAACACAGAGAACACUGACACCAACACGAUCAUACACACACCUGGACACAUGGACAAAACUCAUUGUAAAAAAAAAGGUAAAGCAUUCAGAUGUAGUUUUAUUCAAUAGUUCAACUGGAUAUGUUUUGUAGGUGUAUCUUUAUGCCACUUUCCACGAAGAGCGAUUGUAGCAAUAUGUAAAUUUUUACUCACAUGAACACAAAUAUGCAAAAGUUUAUUCCUUUAGUGAAAAAUAUAAUGUUGAAGGAAACGUGUAAGCUCACUAACUUUAACUUUUCAAGUUAGAGGAAUUUAAUUAAAAUAACCGAAAUAGACUAUGUAGCAGAAUAAAUUAAAUGGAAAAGGAAAGUAUAUAAAGAGUAAAGAAUAAUGUAAUAUAUGUAGAGACAUCUUAGGUGCGGUGAGUCAAGCAGAACAGUAAUCCAUUCCACGGAACACACUACGACAUGGAACUGCAAGACGCAAACUAAAGAAACUGUAAUAAAGCUUCAGCCUUUCGAGCACGUCAAAGUAAUAGUCUCUUGAAGAAGGUACAGUCUCGGCCGGAUGUCGAGAAGCACACAGCGCUCACUCCUGCAGCGUGUAUCCCUGGCCCCUGCCUUGGUUCUCUGAUCUGCAACACUCCACAGCUGACAGGUGCUGAGAUCAAAGGACUUUGGACUGAGGGAGAGACAGCGCAGUGGAAGUGAGUCUGGCAGGUGACUUGACUUGUGACCACGACUGUACAUGACGGUGUCACCUCAAUGGAUUCAGCUUCACACAGUGUUUGAUCAUUCCUUUAGACUCCCCACGCAGUACUUGCAUAGAUCCUAUUGAUGUAGUCAUUUAUACCUAUUAAAGGAUAGACGGACAUCGUUUUAGAGUAUUUUAUGUGAAGUAUUAUUUUACAUCUCUACUUAUACUGUUGAGUAAUGCCACAGAUUAGUUUUAAAAGAUAUUUCAGAGUCCUCCAUAGGCUAAGCCGAUGAAAGGCGCUAAUCUCUUAAGGUUUUUGUCUGUACAAACUGGAGAUGUUCAGGCAGCAUGGCGGGAUGUCGCGCCGUGCAUUAGGAUCAAAAGUAGAGCACACAUCGCCUGGUAUUUGCCACAGAGAGGAUCAGCAGCUUCUAUAUAGCUAGUGCGUAAUGCCAGUCAGUCAGUCAGUUAAUCAGUCAGUCCUUUUGUUUCAUGCACAUCUCGUUUAUCACACGGCACGGCACGUAGAAAUAUUUAUGGAAGACAUUCUUUCAUUAUUUGAGUAUUGAGCGCUUAAAAUUAGACUACACAGGACCGUCUUUGUGGUUCUUUCUCUCAGUCAGCCCUUAAGUCGGUUCAGGUAUGGACAGUGUUCACAUGAUACUUGCUUCGAGUCUUCAACCCUGCAUCGAAGCUUACACCGUGAAAUGAACCAGCGGCGUCACCAAGGGAUAUACUUUUAGCUUCUUUGGACGUCAGGUCAGUCCGAGAGUCGCACAGAUCACGAGGACGUGCCUGUGUGUGCCUAAUUUUAUCACAAUCCCUAAGAAGUAGCCUCUGGUGCGUGGGUGAGUGAGGGAGCCGCGCGCGUCAACAUUCCCUACAACCCCGCCUGGCACUUCAGUCAAGGGAAUAAUUGAGAAGACUCGAGGCUGCAGGUCCCUGGUGGUGACCGCGGCGAUAGUACCUGCAUGUGACCUGUGGACGACCUUCAGUUCGGGAGCAGCCAGUGUGGGGGAGACUCUCUUGACGUUGGUUCUUGUUCUAGGACGUCGAAGAGAAUUUUGGGAGGACUUCCAAGAGUAUCUCCUCGCGCUCUCCUGUACGCGUGAAUGAUUUGAUUUUGUGUUUAUUUUUUCUGUGUGUGAGUGUGAGAAAGAGUUAGAGUGAGUGACUGAGUGUGUGUCGCUGGCUUGGUGCGUCAUGAUCGCCGCCGCCGCCGCCGCCAAAGAGCAUCGUAGUGCGCACUUGCCACAGUCAUUUAAUUCACAAGCGAAAGGAUUUUUUGAUGAAGCUUGUUCACGAUCUCCUCGGACACCGUGUUGUAAAUCCUCCACUUUCCUUGUGGAUUAAUUAAGUGGGAAAAAUAAUCUUCUGGCACUAUUAUUAAGAGUGUUGUGUAUAAAAUUAAUGUCCAUAUUGUUAACGAGUCAAUCGGUACCAGCCCAGCUCCCUCUCCAUUGGCACACACGUGUAUGAUCUAAACACUUGCCUCUCUUCAUCAUUUCCAGAGUUUUGUACAGCUUCUAACUCUCCAGGAAGCGAUGUCCCUAUUUAUAAGCAUACGCUGAAGUUAAAUUGCAUAAAAGAAUAUAAAGAAUCUCGUGUAAUACUUUUCAAGGUACUAAAUAAUAAAGUUAAUUAAUAUAUGUGUUGUA